GUGAUUCUAAUCACAGAUUAGAGAGUAUGACUAAAAUUCUAAUUUGAGGUUAUUUCACAAUUUUGUUGAUUUGUUCACAAUUUAUUCACUGCAGAACACAAUUCAAUAAGUUUUAUUUAUAUUGACGAAUGCAAUGAGAAUUGGCUGGAUUCAAAAACUAGUCAACAAAUGGCCAGGCAAGAAAACAUUUGGAAUGUAUAGGUUUCUGCCUAUGUUUUUCGUACUCGGCGCAGCUUUGGAAUUUUCUAUGAUUAACUGGAAAGUUGGUGAGGUCAACUUUUAUAACACAUUCAAGAGGCGCAGAGCUCACGACAUUGUUGAAGAUAAAAUAAGGAAGUAUUCUGCUGGACAUACUGCUUAA